UAGUUCAAAGUCGACCGAAGGUGGUAUAAAAAGAAAAACAGCGGUGUACAAGCCAGUUACUUUACUCUUUUAUUGUUUUGUUUAGUUAAAUUUUUCGUCAACAUGGUGUCAGGAAUCGUUGCUGGCAGGUUAGCUAUUGUAACAGGUGCCGGAUCUGGGAUUGGGCGUGCCACAUGCCAGGUCCUUUCUCGAGAGGGUGCAACAGUCAUUGCAGCGGAUAAGAACUAUGCCGCAGCUGAGCAGACUAUAAAAAACCAUGCAGCCCUUGCUAGUGGGUUUAAUGACGCAGGAGACCAUUCGGCUCUCGAACUUGACGUAUCAGACUCUAAAUCAGUGAAACACGCCGUCCAGAAAACUUUAGAGCAAUAUAAGGCGCCGGCUACUAUAGUAGUGAACUGCGCGGGCAUUACAAGAGACAACUGGUUGCUGAAACUUUCUGAAGAGGACUAUAGCAAGGUGCUGGAUGUCAAUCUCAAGGGUACAUUUCUAGUGAUGCAAGCAUUCGCGCAGGCUAUGGCUGAUAAGGGCAAGCCUGGGUCCAUUGUAAACAUAUCCAGUAUAGUCGCGAAGUAUGGCAAUAUUGGUCAAACUAACUACGCAAGCAGCAAAGCAGGAGUGAUCGCCAUGACUCAGUCGGCAGCUAAAGAAUUGGGCAAAUUCAAUAUUAGAGUGAACGCAGUCCUACCCGGUUUCACAGAGACUCCUAUCGUGGAGACCGUCCCUGAAAAAGUAAUGCAUCAAAUGAUAAAGAUGAUUCCUUUGGGGAGAAUGGGCCAGCCUAGCGAAAUAGCGGAGGUGAUAACAUUCCUGAGCUCCGACAAGAGCUCUUUCGUCACCGGCGCAGCCGUCGACGUUACGGGCGGUUUCUAGAACCUUCUAACCCUUCCAUCGCUAAAGACGAUCGUUUAUAUACAGGGUGAAAUAAAAUGGACCAGGUCAUAAUGAACAAUUUUGUUAUGGGACCGCAAACUCGAGUCUAAAUCACUCCGGCAAGCCGUCACUCUAGUUUGCAAUAUUUAACUUCCAAUGUAUAUUAUUGUUAAAACAAAUUAAAAAUGUGCCACAGAUCAUUCGAAAGGGGGUAGAAGAAAAAGUCUAUUAUGUAACCUCCAUCCGAAUAUUUCCUUUAGCAACUAGCCUUUUAUAACUGGUGCUGUCAUCUAUAAAUAACCAGAUUAGUUUGUUGUAAUCAAGCCGAUAAAUUUCGUUUGUCCCUUUCUAUCACACCAAUACGCCUGAAAGGGGCAAACGAACUUUAUCGGCUUGAUAACUUUAGUGACGUUUAUGAAUAAGAGGAUAAGUGUAUAUGUAUAUUGGUUCAAAAAUAUUGCUUUGUUCACAAUUAUUAUUAUUAUAAAAGUGCCUUUAAGAUAAUAAUUAAUCUUAAAACGUGUUUUAUAUUUUUACUACGCAGAGUUGUAAUUUAUUCUAGUCCAUAUCAUUGUUAUAGAACAAAUGAAGAUUAUCAACUGAACAUUGCUUUUUAAAGCCAGGGGUACACUAGGAAACAACUGCGGAAAAGAUCUGGAAAUUAUGAUUAUCAAUUAUUAACAGUAGUUUCUUAUACAUACCUACACCUUCAUAAAAAUUAGUGGAGACUAGAUUUUUUAAAUCAUUGUACCAAAAAAUGGCCAUGGGCAAUUAGCAAACAUGCAGAAUUACAGACAUUAAACGUCGAUACUAACUCUACAUUAUCCCAUAAAUCUUUGCGAAAAUCAGGAAGGUUUAGCGGCUCUGGGCUUUAGUUCUAUUAUAUUGGCUACUUCUCACGACAUCAUAGGCUUCGAAAGAAGUCUUUUAGUGUAUCCCCAGCUUUAAAUCUGUGUAUUUUUAUAUAAAUCAUUGACGGCGUUGUAUAGACGCUUAGCUAAACAUUUCAAGCUCAAAUAGCCUAACUAGUCAAUAAUCAUUGAUAAGAUAUUUUUGAAUGUUUUAUAUAUUGGCAGAUAUUUUGUAACACUGUAUCUACUUAAAUGUGUAUAUUUCGGGAACUUUAUUUAUAAGCAGAAUGAUAAUAUGUUUAGGAAUAUUAAAAUGGUGUUUGGCAUUUGUUUCUU